AUGGACAUACAAGCAUUUCGGUUAUGCUAUCCAUUAACAUUCACCAAAACCAACAGCAACCACACCAUCAAAAGACACAAAACCCACUUCAAACCUCGCAAUUGCAGCAACAGCAGCAACACUCCCUUCAAUGAGGCUGCUUACGAGGCCGAGCGCCUCACCCUCGACGCCAAAGCUCGCCAAUCAAUGGCGGUCGAAGAGGAGAAUUCUUCUCUCCGAGAUGAUCCCAAAGCUUGGAAGUGGAUAAUUCGGAAGCGGAUUUGGGAUUUGAUGGAAGAUAAUAAUUUUGCACAAAAUCCCAGGCCUGUUCAUCAUAGAAUCCCUAAUUUUGUUGCUGCUUCUCUUGCUGCGGAAAAGAUGAGGGAUCUAGAUGUGUUCCGCGGUGCACAAUGUGUGAAGGUUAAUCCAGAUUCUCCUCAGAAACAAGUCAGAUUUCUCACUCUUUCAGAUGGAAAGAAGUUGUUAACUCCUCAACCACGCCUGAGGACAGGUUUUUUCUCUGUAAUCGAGUCCAAUAUGUUAACUUUGGGUACCAUCAAGGAAGCCUGUACUUCUAUCGGGGUUGCCAAAUAUGGACGACCAAUCGGAUUAGAUGAAAAGAUAAAAGUAGAUCUUAUUGUUAUUGGAUCUGUUGCUGUUGACCCGAGUACCGGUGCUCGAUUAGGAAAAGGAGAGGGAUUUGCAGAACUUGAAUAUGGUAUGCUGCGGUAUAUGGGAGCUAUUGACGAUUCAACACUAGUUGUUACCUCUGUGCAUGAGUGCCAAUUAGUGGAUGAUAUUCCAGUUGAAAAGUUGUUAAUCCAUGAUGUACCAGUGGAUAUCAUCUGUACUCCAGCCAAGGUCAUUUUUACACACACAUCCAUUCCAAAGCCUCAAGGAAUUUAUUGGGACAAAUUGUCUCCUGAGAAGCUGGGACAAAUUCGUAUACUUAGAGACCUCAAAAGGAGGAUUGAACAAGAGACUGGGCAAAAGCUUCCUACAGGUCCAUCAGAGAAAUUACCUCCUAGUGCUCAACGAGGCAGAAGGGGUUAA